GUGGCACAGAAGCAGGAGCGCCUGAGAGUCGCGCCGAAGAAGGCUGGUCCGGCUCCCUCUCCGCUUCCAGGGGAUCCCCGGGGAUCUGGCUGUGGCUGUCAGCGUCCCUUUGGGUUGGUUUUCCAGUCGAUCUCCAUCAGCACCGAGAAAUUGUGCGUGUGCACCAAAAAAGAGAGGAGGAGGAGAAUCCGUGAAGGGCCAGGAAUUAUUUUUCCGCUUAACUGGGAGCACCCUGAGUCAACUGACAUGACCGUUUUCUUUGCCUGAAGUGUUUGCCUGGCAAACUCUAACACCAGUUGCACGAUGGACCUGAAGUAUGAGUUGCUCAACACCACAGUGUUCUGGUUUCCUUCUGCCUCUCAGUUUGACAGCUUCUCCCCAGAGACUCCUACCACGAAUGCCUCCAUAAACAUCACAGGCCACCACUAUGACCUGACCAGCAAUGCCAUCCUUACCUUCCUCUACUUUGUGGUUUGCAUUGUGGGACUGUGUGGUAACACCCUGGUCAUCUAUGUCAUUCUCCGCUAUGCCAAAAUGAAGACAAUCACCAACAUCUACAUACUCAACUUAGCGAUAGCUGAUGAACUAUUCAUGUUGGGGUUGCCGUUUUUGGCAAUGCAGGUGGCUCUUGUUCACUGGCCCUUUGGGAAAGCCAUCUGUCGGGUUGUCAUGACAGUGGAUGGAAUCAAUCAGUUCACCAGCAUCUUCUGCCUCACAGUAAUGAGCGUUGACAGGUAUCUUGCUGUAGUGCAUCCCAUAAAAUCUGCCAAGUGGAGGCGACCAACAACAGCGAAGAUGGUCAAUGUAGCUGUUUGGGGCAUUUCCCUUUUGGUCAUCAUGCCCAUCAUGAUAUAUGCAGGAGUCGCCCAUAACCAUGGGAGCAGUAGCUGUACCAUAAUCUGGCCAGAUGAAUCUGGUGCUUGGUAUGCUGGUUUCAUAAUCUAUGCCUUUAUUCUCGGCUUCUUGGUGCCACUCACCAUCAUCUGCCUUUGCUACCUAUUCAUUAUCAUCAAGGUCAAGUCCUCCGGUAUUAGGGUGGGUUCCUCUAAGAGGAAAAGAUCAGAGAAGAAGGUUACAAGGAUGGUCUCCAUUGUGGUUGCUGUUUUCAUCUUUUGCUGGCUGCCCUUCUAUAUCUUUAAUGUCUACUCAGUCUCUGGGUCAAUUGUACCCACACCAGUUCUCAAGGGCAUGUUUGAUUUUAGAAAGGUAAUCACCAUGCCAAUAGCUGCGCUAAUCCCGCAUCCUCUAUGCGCUCUUCGGUCUGAUAAUCCUAAGAAGAGCUCGGUGAAUGUUCUCUGCUUGAUGAAGGUCAGUGGCAUUGAUGAAACAGACAGGAGUGACAGCAAGCAGGAUAAAUCUAGGUUAAAUGAAGCCACAGAAACCCAAAGGACACUGCUCAAUGGAGACCUCCAGACAAGCAUUUGAAAGACAUUUUCAACUGUCCACUCAUCUCCUUCCAACGUCUUCAAAGAAGGCAGCAGCCCACAGCAAGUCAGGUCCUUCUCUUAAUGGAAUGGUGAUGCAUGAGAUGAGUUGGCUCAUGGAGUAAGGUUCGCUUCUAAGCCAAGAAAAGACAGCCUUUUGAAGGUAUUACUCAAAAGGAAAAGUUAAUAUGUAUAUGGGUAAUAAUCCAGAAGCACAUACAGGUGUGUAUGGACUUGCACAUGGUGCAAUCAUGCAUUGAAAGAAUCCCUAUGGGCAAAUCUUCCAGAGCGAAUCUGAGAUUUUAAAAAAUCCCUCAUCAAUUUUUCAACAGGUGCAUGGUCUAGAAUUGAUUAAACGGACUUUUUUCAAAGGAACUUCAUUGAUACGCUAAAUACUAGUCAGUUCCUCUUUUCCCCGUCAGUAGUCUAACGUAGGUGUUAUGGCUACAUUCAUAAAAGUUACCAAGCCAGGAAAACAGAUAUGGAAAUUCCCACCACCAAAUUGCAGGCACUUUGAAAGUUCAGAUUUAUAUGGUUUUGAGUAGGCAAAAUGUUAAAUUUAUACAUUUUACAUCAAAAAUGAAAAUCCAUAUGGGCAAGGUGGUGUACAUGUGUAAAAGACAGGACAAGUGAAAUAUCCACUGUCUUGCUUGCAGACCUGAAAAUGAAAUGGUAUCUUUAGAGUUAGGUUUUGAAACUUUCAUUGCUUAAAUCAAUGGAGAAAGUAUAUCACAAUGCCAGUGGGGGGAGGAAAGGCUGUCUGUGUAGCUGUAAUAGAAUCCUUUAUCAUCAUUUGACAGAGAUGACACAUUCUGCCAAGUUCCAUCCCAUUGCAAGGUCUAUGGUUUAAUUGUUUUCCCAUUUAAAGAUGUUCUGAUAGAAUGUAUAUUGUCAAAGCAUGAAAGUAAAAUUUUUUAGUAACUGUCAAAUGAAUGAGAGUAAUUAACCUUUGAUGGGGUUCAAACUUAUCU